UCUAUUAUAUCUUCUUUGCUUCUGGCUGUCUGUACUUAUCUAACCCUAAACGCACAAAAUAAAAACUCUCAGGCAUCAAACAUCAAAUUGGUUUUAAAAGCCCACUUUAAACCCUAAAAUCUAAAUUCGCAGCUAAACCAAGUAAGAAAGAGAGAGAAUAAAAAAGCUAUGAAGAAGAAAAAUCAAACAAGUGGAAGUGGAAGUGGAAGUGGCAACAUGGAUGACAAGGAUCAAGAAUGGGACAUCAAGAAGAUUAUGAAAGACAUCGAGUUCUUCAGUGCCUCGCAUAUGACAUGGAAAGAGAGGAAAGAAUUAGAAAACCAGAAAGUAGUCUCUCUUGGUGGAAAGCCUCCUAAGAAGCAAAGACUACCUUUAAGUGUAGCCCGUGUGCAAAUGAAGAAACAAAAGGAAAGAGAACAGAAAAUGCUUGAAAUGAGGGAACAAGAGAAUAUCGUUCUUGGAAGAUUUGGAGGUGGUAGUGGUGCUAGACGAACAGUGGAGAAGCGCAAACUUGAGGACAGGGUGCUGAGGUCAACUGAAGGUCAUUUUAAAAAUGGCAUACUUGAUGUGAAGCAUUUGUUGAGUCGAACGCCAUCUAGAGAUGAUGGUUCUAGCAGUCAUAUGGUCAACAAAGGGAAGAAGCACAGUGGCAAAAGGAGAGAUGAUGGUUCUAGCAGUCAUAUGGUCACCAAAGGGAAGAAGCACAGUGGCAAAAAGAACAAGGGAAAGAAAAAAGGUGGUGGGAAGAAGCGCCAUUGAAAGCGGGCCUACUUUGAGCUAUUUCAAUAACAGCAGUGAUAGAAUCUCAGUGUUGCUAAUAUCAUCUUUCAAAACCUGGAUCUUGAAGGGUCCUUACAAGAUCCUUGAUUCGGUAUUGGCACAAUGUAUGAUGCAGAAUAUGCAGUUUAUGGUACAAGCAUCGCUGAGCAUUUUUUCUUCUAUUUUAAAGAUGAAAACAAAAAUUUCGAGCGGUUGCGUUUUGUUUUGGUUGUUUAUAAAUAGCCUUCUCUAAUUGCUGGGUUCAAUUUCUCGAGGAUAGCCUUCUAUGUAGCAUCUGUUCUUUGGACUCAGACCAUCCGUUUUGCAUUUCUUCACACUCUUGUUAAACACAAGACCGAUAUUGAAGAUCUUGAGACCAUGCUUCACUUAUAUAUGCAUGGGGUAUGAUUUCUUGCUA